AAGGAAAAGAGUAAAGCAAAGCAUCCACAAGGAAACAGACACAUUAUACAUCUUAGAAUAUGCCUAGAACUUAGAGAAUAUUCUAAAAACUCUUUAACAAAUGCUGGAAAAGAAAAGAAA